AUGAGUGAGAGCUCUAGCUUGGAAAAUAACACACAAAUCCUCCUUGGUGACGUCAUCAUGGAGCAAAACACGAAAGUACGCUCUACUGCUCACCUUCAAGAGAUUGAUGAUAGCUGGGGUAUCAGAGAAGUCGAGUUCCAAGUUGAUAACUUGAUUAUUUCCCGGCUUGAUUGGGCAUGGGGUUCCGUUGGUGCAUGCGUCGAUGUUGUUCCUGGAAUAGGAGAUUGGGCAUCACUCCUCGAGUCCUCGAAUCGAAUGGUCUUACUGAAGGUAAGCCCAUGCUUGAACCAUCAUACACGAGUCGUCUCCGGAUUGGUUGUCAUGAAGCAUGUACUCGAGUUGAUAUGGCUGAUUGUCCUUGAGCAAAUUGAUGAUUUGUUCGAAUUGAGUGAAGUCAAUGGUCACGUCGAGUUCUUGAUUUCCUGGUUUGACUGGGCAUGGGACUCCGUGGUCGCAGGCGGAAAGUCGAGUCGUAUGGAGUGGCAUUUAAGAAUUGAACUGGUCCAUUGCUGCAUUGCCACCAGUGCAUUUGAUGGUCAGUUCCAUUUGGUGGGGCACAGUUGUCCAAGUUGGAUGGGAGGACGAAUGAGGAGGCAACAAUGGCCAAGACGGAGAGGAUGA